AUGGUUUCCCAAUUAGCCAUAUUGGGCUCGCUUUUGUUCGUAGUUCUUUCAUUUCUUGUCAAUCUUAUUUACAAGCCAAUAGGAUGUAAAAACAUCCCUGGUCCAUCCCUUCAUUUGGGUACUCGUUUUCUGAUGUUUAUUCAGCUUCAUUUCUUUCAAACGGUACCAGUAUUCACGGAGUUUUGGUGUAGGCGUUAUGGAGACACCGUCGGUGUCUGGAUAAAUGGUGGUUACACCAUUGCAUCUUGUGAUGCCGAUUUUGUUCAGAAAAUUCUUGGCGGCACCCAUGCUAGCAAUUUUAUAUCACGAACAGGCAAUGACGAUGGUUUGAAAGCAAUAGGAAUGUAUCAAAAAGGAAUCAUUUGGAAUAACGACGUCCCAAAAUGGACCCUUCAAAGGCGCAUCUUUCAAUCUGGAUUAAGUUCCAACGUUCGUAAAAAGGCCUUUGACGUUGCGUUAGAGAAUGCUCGACAAGAAAUCAAGGGCAUAAAGGCUACCGCCCAAGACAAUAAUACGGUACCAACCAUUGAUCUCUUAAAUUUCCUUCGUCAUUCUACCCUUGCCAUAACACUUGACGUGGCCCUAGGAAUCCAAUUAGAUCGAGAACGAUCACAGUACCUGAUCGACUGUAUUGUUGACUACUUUAAGGCGUGGGAAUUUUUCUUAAUGAAACCGCGCUUUAUCUGGCCUUUAUUUCCGUUACGUUAUUUUCAUCACAAGAAAGCAGUCUCAAAGUUGCAAGAAUUGAUUCGGAAUCUAGUUUCAACUCUGAACUCACAGGCGGCUCCUUUCCUAUCGCACCUUCACGAGAAUGAAUUAACAAUCGAAGAGAUCAAUCAAUGCGUUCUUGAAAUGGUCCUUGCGGGAACGGAUACAUCUUCCGUAAGUUUAUAUUACACCUUUAUUCUUCUUACAGAAAAUGAGAAGAUACAAAACCAAUUAUUGGAUUCUCAAGAUGAUUCAUUCUUAGAAUCAAUUUUACGGGAAUCUAUGAGAAUAAUGCCCGUCGGUCCGGUCAUAAUCAGGAAAGCGAUUGCCGAUUGUGAUAUUUCAGGAACGCGAAUACAAGCAGGCACAAAUAUAGUGAUAAACGUUGCUCGAAUGAACAGACACCCAAAGUGGUUUCAAGAUCCGUUAAAGUUUAAUCCUCAACGCUUUCAAAUUAACGAGGAUUUGGCUGCUCUCUCUGCAACUAUGGGAGGGAAAGGACCAAGAUCUUGUGUAGGCCAGAAUCUGGCGAUGGUUGAAAUGAAACCCAUUCUUCGGGAGCUUAUGACAGCAUUUAAAUUUACACGAGAAAAAGAUGCCAAGGCAUUUAUCGAAACCGAAACUAAAUGGGAUAUCGCCUUGCAACCAGUUAUCAGAGAAAAAUUAACUGUUCUUCCACGGAAGGGCAUCGUGCUAGUUGGAGCACAUAGCGUUGGAAAAUCGACUUUAUCCAAAUUAAUUCGGAGUCGUAUAAAUGCGGUUUUGAUUGACGAGACCGCAAGAACGGUGAUGAAGCAAUUAAACAUGAACGCGGAUUUAAUCAAAAAUGAUCCGGAAAAAUCUUUAAAUUUGCAAGCUUCCAUAAUUAAAUUUCAAUGCGAAAGAGAAGAAAAAUUCAAGCAUGAAUGCGCAAUAUAUGAUCGAUCUGCACUGGAUGCUCUAGUAUAUGCGAAAUCGUUUUGCGGAAAACAAUGGGAGAGUUUAUUGGAAAUGCCGGAAACAAAUAAAUGUAUUGAAAGAUACAAACAAUCUGAUAAAUAUUUGGUCUUUAUAAUUGAACCGCAUAUGGAAUGCUUGAAAGAUGACGGAACCCGCAUGAUGUCUAAUAAUUACCAAGAAUGGAAAGCGUUCUCUGAGGAGUUCAAAAUUGUAAUGAACGAUUAUAAAAUCAAUUACCGUGUUAUAAAUGAGCUAGACCUGGAACAACGGUUUUCAAUAGUAUUCCAAGCACUAUUUGGUAUGUAG